CUCCACGGCCGAAGUUCCUGCACGCAGCUUUGACAGUACUCUUACGGAAGCAAUUCUGUCACCAGACACGAAGUUGUUCCAUGUCUGACUGUUCCACAAUGGGUUUCUCGGCGCGUCCCCAGCGGGCGGUGCUGCUCGCCCUCUGCCUACUCUCCUUGUUUGCUGGAUCAAUGACGGCGCCCCUCGCCGGUCCCAAGUGCAAGAACCGGUUUCCCAAGUACCCCUUGUGCAAGUUCGUCAAUGACAUGGCUCUUGGGUUCAAGCCCACCGUCGUCGACGGUGCUAGCGGGAAGACUCUUACGAUCGCCGCCUUUCAGAUCUACCACAAAUUUCACCGCGACCUUCCCGAAACGAAGCAGUACGCUUACGGAGUGGACGAGAAGACGGCGUCGUACCCGGGGCCCAUCGUUGUAGCGAAAAAGGGGGUGCCUACUAAGGUGUACUGGCAGAACAAGCUGCUGGACAAGCAGCACAUGUUCACCGUGGACUACACGCUCAUGCCCAUGAUGGCCAAGCCCAAGCAGGGAGGCAUUCCCAUGGUCGUUCACAGGCACGGCGGCGAGCAGUCGAGCUUGUCCGACGGGCAUCCCGACGCGUGGAUCACUCAGUUUGGUGAAACGGGCCCCACCUUCAACUCGAACCUCUACCGCUACGGCAACAAGCAAAGCGCCUCACUCAUUUGGUACCACGACCACACGCUCGGAUGGACUCGCCUCAACACAGUCGCGGGUCUCGCCGGCGGGUGGAUCAUCGUGGAUCCCCAGGGCGAGGAGAAGAAUCUCCAAUUCCUGCCGCAGCCGGGCUCAGCUCGCUAUGUGCCACUCAUUCUUGCGGAUCGGUCUUUCUUCGCCAACGGGUCGAUCGACUACCCGAACGUGGGGAUCGUUCCGAACGUGCACCCGAACUGGAUUCCCGAGUACUUCGGUAACCACAUUCUCGUGAACGGCCUCGUGUGGCCGUUCCAGAAGGUUCGGCGCGCGCUGUACCGGUUCCGCGUGCUGGGCGGGGCGAACGCGCGCGUGUACAACCUCAAGUUCACGUGCGCGGGCCGCGGAGACUACCCCAACUUCUUCCCCCCGUUAAAGGGCCCCACCCUUGACAUCAUCCAGAUCGGUUCGGAUGGCGGGUACCUGGAAUCCCCCGUGCGCAUCUCGACGCUGCUGGUGCUGCCCGGCGAGCGCAUGGACAUCCUUGUCGACUUUAACACCGCGCCCUCCUACUGCAAGGACGUGAUUCUAACGAACGACGCGCGCGCCCCCUACCCCGCCGGCGAGCCCGCGGACGCGAACACGGGCGUGGUGAUGCGAUUCGUGAUAACCAAUAGGCAGAAGAUCCCUACGCCGUCCAUCCCCAGCACCCUCGUUAGCAUUCCCAAGGUGGACCUGGGCAGCGUGGUGAAGGUGCGGUACAACACGCUGGUGGAGAUCAUGGACGCCAAGACGCAGCUGCCCAUCCGCGUGACCAUCGACGGCAAGAUGCACCAUGACACCGCCACCGAGAUCGCCAAGGAGGGCUCGACGGAGCUGUGGAACAUCAUCAAUCUGAGCGCGGACGCGCACGCCAUGCACCUCCACCUCAUCCAGCACCGUGCUAUCUCGCGCCGCCCUUUCGACAUCGCCGGUUACCAGUCGGGCAAGUGCUCGUUCACGGACAAGACCAAGCCCAGCUGUUACACGGGGGCGGCUGUCGCUGUGGAUAUCAACGAGCGCGGGUGGAAGGACACAACCCUGUCGCUCCCGGGUCAGGUGCUUACGAUCUACACCCCGUUCUACCAGCAGUCUGGGGCGAAACAGUUCGAAUUUGAUCCAAGCCGCGGGCCGGGGUACGUGUGGCAUUGCCACAUGCUCGAGCACGAGGAGAACGACAUGAUGCGACCCCUCCUUAUUGUGAAGUGAGCCGGGGGUUCGGGUACCGUUUGGGUACGUAGUGCAUUGGUAUUCAUUAUUGCAUGAUGCCAACCAUCAGAUUUGCCAAGGAUGCCUUGGAUUUUGCUUCUCCUAGGUUGCUUAGUAGGUACUUCAUGAUGAGACUAGCCUUAGGUUCCAACAUAGGUGCAUUUGAAGGAGGUAGCUGCUGUAGGUUCCAGCAUAGCUUUAGGAUGAUGGCAUGGAAGUUGAUGCAAGGGUACUAAUCUAGGAUGAGGUGGUAGAAUUAGGAUGGCAAUAAAUUCUGUUGGUCACUAGCUGGCAUAUAUUUGUAUGUUACUAUAGGCUAGAUAGGUGUGUACUUUUAUAGUACAACCCCUUAGCAGAAAACCACCGUGUAUCUUGUAUU